AUGUCAACCUUAUGCUUCGCACCCGGCCGUGCCUGGUAUCGCAGAACCAAGGCCGCAAAAUAUGAGUACAGGCCGCUGGAACGGCCGACCGAUGUCCGCCUCGUCACUAUCCUACCAGGCAAUUUUGGCGACUCUAUUCGGAUUGAGAUCGCGCACGCACCCCUCGAUGCUGCCGCUCGCGAAGAACCGAAGCGUCUGUCAAUAAAGGAGAUACAAGAGACUCUGCCAAAGAAGUGGGACGCCUAUGAGGCCCUUGAGGGGCGUGUUCUUUUCGAAGAUGGCAAUUCAUGCACUACCUGGGAUCAUCUAGAUCCAGAUCUCAGCUGCGAUGCCUACGAUCCCGUGACUACUGACAACCAUGGAGACUCUGUUCCUGCUUAUGAGGCCCUGUCAUACACAUGGGGUUCUCCAGAGAAGAUGGACACAGCCAUGGUGGAGAACAUAGCGAAGCGACGCGACUCCUUCUCUGGACCACUCGGUAUCGCUACAGGUGUCUCUCGAGCACCAAGUCUAAACAUCACCCGCAAUCUUUCAGAAGCCUUGAGGCACCUGCGGAAGCCCGAUCAGCGUCGAACAUUGUGGAUCGAUGCCAUUUCCAUUAACCAGAAUGAUUUCCAAGAGCGAAGCGACCAGGUAGCACGCAUGGGCCUGGUGUACUCUCUCGCGAGCAGAGUCGUAGCUUGGCUUGGGCCGAGCUUUCGAGACACCCGACUCGCCUUCUCAGUACUAGACACCAUUGGCAUUCAUGAGAUGUUGUUUGAUUUCCACACCCGCGCGUGUGCCGAUGAUAGGGACAAGGUCUAUGGUCUCAUGAACCUGGCUCACCCAGCCGUCAGCAAGCGAAUACGCGUUGACUAUUCGCGGUCACCUCUGGAGGCGUUUCAGCAAAUCAUCCUAGCAGCUCUGGAGCAGGAGAAGCGACUUGCACAGCUCCCUUUGAGUGGGCUGCGACAUUCAGCACCGCGAUGGCCAAGCUGGGUUUCCGACUGGUCGCAAACGGUGCCUCUCACUGUCCCUACUAAUCUUGGCUUCUAUGCCAGCGGAGUCUCCGCUGCUCGGGCUAGGCAUAUCCCACCGGCGAAGCUGGAGGUCACUGGGCGAUACUUCGUGACAAUGUCAUCGGUGAUUGGUCGUGUGAGCGGAGGCCUGUCGGACAUCGUCCGGCUGUUGAAAGAUAUGGGAGUUGAACGGCUGAAAUGUUCGCGCUAUCUCACGGGCGAGACGCAGUGGAACGCAUACCUGCAAACACUUACCUUGAACCGCACGGAUAACAGACUUGCGCAUCAGGAAUAUCCGACAUUGCACGCUCUGAGUGAGGAAGUGACCCGGAUGGCUUAUGCUCCCGAGUCCAAGCUAGAGACGACGCUGCCGGGUUAUUAUGUAGACCUGGUCGAGAACUGGUCGAAAGGGAGCCUCCUCUUCGCCACGUAUAGUGGCCAUAUAGGCAUCAUCGACGGCGCGGGGCAGCCAGGGGACGAAGUCUUCGUCGUGCUCGGAUGCAAUAUACCCAUGCGUCUCAGACCGUGUCGGACCGGCGAAUACGCCGUCGUGGGAGACUGCUACGUACACGGCAUUAUGGAUGGCGAGGCCUUAUUGGGCGCUGUUUCGUCGCAUUGGAGUUUUCGCGUCGUACAAGAGCCGGACGGGGAGAUCAGGGCUUAUUAUCGGAAUACCGACACUGGAGUUAAGACGACGGAUGACCCGCGUCUGGCGGGUAUUCCGUUGCCGCCGGAAUGGGAGCCAAUGAAGCGGGAGUGGACGCGUGCAGAUCCUGUUGGUUGCAGGUGGUUCCGGAAUACACAGACCGGAAAGAUCGUUAACUCGGAUCCGAGACUCUUCCCGGAGACGUUAAUUGACCGAGGGGUUGAGCUCAGGACUAUUACGCUUUUAUAG